AAAUUACAAACUCUCAAGAAAUCAUAGAUUCUGAGGAUAUUACGAAUCCUGAAGAUAUUAUGGAUUCUGAUAUUUUAGAUUUAAAUGAGGAUUUUAUAACACCAUCUAAGAAUUUUGGUAUACAUUGGACGGGUUUUUUGCGUUCAAAAGAAUUUAAAAAUGAUAAAGCCUGGCAAUAUAAUGCAAAGCUUGAGCAGCUUGGCAAUAUAUAUUGUGAUCACAUAUUUGAAGCACGUAAAGAAGCAAUGACAAACCAUAUAAUUAAUAUCUGCCGUAAAAUUUCUGCUGAAAAAAGAAUAUUUUAUUCACGAAUAAUUAAAAACAAACUUGAACAAGUUACUGAAAUUUCUACUCACAAAGCGGUUUUAAUGACAGAUUAUUUUGAUAAAUCUACUAUACCACUAGAAAAAGCUACUGAAUUACAUACUUUGUUAUUACGAGCAUUAUUAUAUAGCAAUAUUCCAUUUAAUACUAAUGAAAUUAUUAAUAUAGAAGAUUUUUCUAGUACCCGACAUAUAGCUGAUAAUUUACUUAUUGUAGUAGAAAACUUAUUAAAAAAUGUCUCUAUAAGUUUUGAUAAAAUUAUCGCUAUAGUUUCAGAUAGUCCUUCAGUUAUGAAACGGCUUCGAAAAAAUGUUUCAGACAAAUAUCAGCAUGUAAUUGAAAUAAUUAUAAGUCGUCGACAUUUUCUUGAAAAUGAACAAUUUACUCUCAUUCUUCGAUAUGUAGUUGAUGCGAUUGCAAAACUUGAAUCUAAUAAUAUAACUUUAG